AUGUCAUCCGCUCUCAAUCAUGCCCGAAUCCUGUCGGGGGUACCUGUGAGAGCGGCGCAUCUGCUCGGAUCGUGUCGCAAGGAACAUUAUGACCGUGAUAUUCGAUGCAGUGCUCUGCUUCAGAGUGCCUCCCGCAGCCCCCGACGUUUCUUUCGAUCCAAAGCCUUUCUCAAUCGUACCUCCGCAACACCCGUUUCCUCUGACAGUCAACAUGAGAAUCCUACGGGAGAUAUUCAACAAUCAAAAUCAAGAUUGCAACCGAAACCGAAACCUACCCCCUCCGAAUACCUUGCCAAAAGUCUUCAAAAAUAUGGCCAUGCAUUAGGAUCUGGCGAACCAUCGACGCGGGCUGUCGAUCUGUCGUUCGUAAACCCCAAUCGAAAGAUCUCGAGAAACGUGCUUCGAAGACACCGGGGUCCAAGGAAAACAUAUGGCCGACCAGAGCGACGAGCUCUCCAAACAACCCUUGGUGAAUACAUUCGACUAGUGGAUCCGUUUCCCUCGCGUACCACAAAAAUUGACGAUGUGGACGACUUGGACACUGUUCUUGCUGAAGUCUUUCGAACGGACAGCCAGCGGUUUCUUAUCAAGCAAGGCUAUGGUGUUGAGGAUGUUGUUUCAUGGGCAUGGGUCAUGAAGAGUCAGAACCAUCACCAGGCGGUGUCCCGUAUGUUUACAUUGGAAGCCGACUCCAAAACAAAUCGUGUUCCGAUUUUCAUUCCUCUUUUCCUCUCGAAGGAGCGGCAUUUGGAUGCUCAGUCUUUUCGAUUACUCCUCAUUUACUCUCUACAUCUCAUGAGUGGACAGCCAUUGCCAGCUUUGGACGCCCUCCCAAGGAUCCUGGAACCCCAUUUAGACCCGUCGCCAGCAGAGUCUCGUCCCUCGAUCGACCAAAGCACAUGCAUGAUCCUGGUUGUCCGAUUGAUCCGACAUGCUCGGCAGGUGUGGCCCGACGCAUUACCCAUCAUCGCCCGCGCAUUCUCUCGAUUCCUGACGACUGUCCCGGAUAAUGAGGGCGGGCGCUCGGCUCUGGCCAAACACAAAGCUGAUCGCUUUAAAACAGAGAAGUUUAACAGCUGCCUCUACUUACUUUCGCUCCCUACCAAAAUCCAUCCAUUCCGAUCAUCAUAUAUUCAACAGGAAGCGCAAUUCGAGCUCCUCAGAGCUAUGGCGACACAUAGACCCGUCCUACCUCUUACUCGAAAGGGUUAUCGAGCAGUCAUUGCAGUUCAGCUUGCCCAUAAGAAGACAAGUGAAGAGCGCCAGUCCGCCGAGUUGAAGGCACCCUCAUGGCCGCCCUGGAAGGAAGAAAGACUGGGCAUUGAUGCCCAGCGGGGCAAUGACGGCAUGUUUAGUCGUGCAAUGAACGUGCUUUCACAAAUGAAAGAGGCCGGAUAUUCCCACCAGCUCUGGGAAGAAAUGUCUUCUAUUCUGGCUGGUUGGGAUACCGAUCGUAGUCCGACAGUCCAGACAAGAAGUCUGGUGCUUCAGACAGGGUCUUUGUCUCGUACGCGAGACGUGGAUCCCAACCAUUAUGCCAUUUGGGUUGCACGUAUUCGCGCAACGAGGACUGUUCGAGAAGCAUGGGCUUGCUUCUUGGCUUAUCGGGACCAAGAUCUUCCUCCCAAAGCUGCCAUCUAUGCUGUGAUGGCCGAGAAGUUGAUUUACCGUGAGAAAGCAAUCAGGAGAGGGUCUGACCACAUAAGCUCUGCUCUUCCAGGCGAUGGCCGUGAAGUUCAUCCCGAGCCGGCUUCUGCUCGAGACAUCAUUUAUGUGCAAACAGAGCCACCGAAUUCGGAGGAGUUCCUUGAUCAGAUGCUCUCGGAGGGAAUCCGCCCAUCUGGGAGAUUCCUGGCCUUACUUCUCCAGUCGGCUUCUACCUUCCGCUUGGGUCUGAAAUAUCUGAAAUACAGUGACUUGACAGACGAUCAGAUCACGGCUCUGUGUUCUGCAUUAUACCAAUCAGAAAAAACAGCACAGCACGUGAAACAAGCGCAAGAUACCAAGGCUCUCCAAGAAUUACCAGAUUUUAUCUUUGCGUCCUUCAUCAAGCUCCUUUGCUCAUCUUUCUUCAUGACUGCCAGACAUGUCGCCCCACACACUCCCAUGCUCUACCAUUUUCCAGUUCUCAUGGGAGACAAGCAACGCCUUGAACGCAUGUCCGAUCUUUCUGACUUCAGAGAAGAUUUGGGGGAAACGUGUCAUCCAAAGGCUUUGUGGCAUGCUGUCCAACUGAUCAAGUUGCGACAGCCGGCCUGUCAUGAGGCCUGGUCCCAUGUUCUCAAUAUCUUGAGUCAAAAAUCAACAUCCCGACGAUCAUGGAGUCGAAGUUGCCUGGGCUCGGGAACCCAGAGAAAUCAAGAUCUCUACCGGAUCCUUGUAUGGCAAGAGGUUAUUGAGGUCUUGAGAUGGAUGAAAGUUCGAAAUGUUCAACCUGGUCUAAAAAACUUCCAAUUUCUCUGCAUGGCAUUCAGUAGAGCAGUUGACGCUGCAAUGCAUCAUGCUGGCCUUGUCGAGGAAGCAUCACAGCUUAUACAGAGAUCCAGCCAUUCUCGAAUCUCCGACGCACAGGAAACUUUCGACACCAUGGUCGCAAAUGGACUCGAGCUUCUAAAGUCACAAUUCGACUGCCUUGUUCUUCCAGGGUCGCAAACGUCGGAGCUAGCAGAGCGGAGUAUAUUUACUACGGACUCGGAGGUUCAUGUGCUUGCUGGGCUGCAUGUCCCGUCCUAUGCGACGCUACAUAGCUUCGUGCGAGUUCUGGGGCUCGUCGGAGACGACGAAGGCUUAUUACAUCUGUUACAGUGGAUGAGCCGAUCAGCCGCUCGAUUAAACGAAAUUGCGGACGAGGAAUUGAACGGCGAAAGAAUGAAGCAUCAGACCCUUACAGCGAUCCGAGUAUUCCUGGAGAAGCUGCAUUGUCGGUCUCCGGGCCAUGUUCGGGUAGCAUCGGAUCCCCAGGUGCAAGAGGCAUACGAUCUCAUUAGCCAGACAACGGGCUGGGAAUGGCCUAGUGAUGCGGAUGUUGAAAGAUAUCUUGAUUAA